AUGGAUAAUUAAAUUGAAUAAAAGAGUUUAUACAAAACAAAGUUUAACCACUCAACUCGUAACAUCUUCCAACAAAAGAAAUUCACUAAACAGCAAUUCUUUAGGUAUUCAAAUAAAAUUCAAAUUACAUUCUAGAAGUUCAAGUCAAAAUUAUUCUCAUGAAAGAUUAGAAGUUCUCGAAACUAAUAAAGAAGAAGAAAGAGAUUAAUUUGUAUCCUAACCAAUUAAUUCUUGUUUUGAAAGAGUCCUAGAUCGAAAACAUAGUAUAUAAAGCAAUUUGGGAUCUAUUAAAGAGCUAUCUGUUUCUGAUUAAUUAGCUGAUCCUACUCAAUAAUAAGAUAUAAACAAUGAGAAUGCUGAAUAAAAUACUCAAUAAAAUACUCAUUCAGUCAGUGGAGCACCUUAAAAUACACUUAGAAAUAGAAGGAAAUUAAAGAGAUUACCAAGACUUAAUGAAGAAAGAGAGCCACCAAAACUUUAAAAUGAAUUUUAGCUUAUCAUUAUGCCUAAUAACAAAUAUAAGCAAUAUUGGGAUGUAGUUUUGUUCCUAAUUCUUAUGUAAAUUGAAUUUAUAUUUAUAGUUAUGUGUCAAUUUUCACUCCCUUCAAAAUUGGCUUUGUUUAAGAUGGGGAAUAUUUGACUUGGGAUUACUUAGACAAUGCAAUUGAUUUCAUAUUUAUGACAGAUAUUAUACUUACAUUCCUGAGUGCAGCAUAUGAUGAUGAAGGCAAUUUAAUUACUGAGAGAAAAGCAAUCAUCCUUAACUACCUUAAAGGAUGGUUCAUUAUUGACUUAAUGGUAAUUCGUCACUUAACACACAGUCGUCAAUUCCGUUUUACUUUAUUUUGAAUGAUACUUCUCAGAGAUACAAUAGUAUAGCACGCAUUUCGAAAGUUCCAAAAAUUUACAGAGUCGUUAAGAUGAUCAAAUUAGCAAGGAUGUUCAGGUUAAAAGAAAUAUAAUAUGUUAAAGUUAUCAAUAUCAAUAUUGGAAAUGAGAGAUUUAUUCUUGCAUUUCUAUUACUUAUAUUUUCAUGUCAUGUAGUAGGAUGUAUUUGGUUUUUUGUUGCAACUUUAUCUGAAGAAGAAGAUUGGAUAUAUUUUGAAUCUCAUACUUUUGAUUAAUAUAUAAUUUCCAUGUAUUGGGCAGUACAAACAGUGUUGACUGUUGGUUAUGGAGAUAUUAAAUUCUACUCUUGGUCAACAAGAAUUUUUGCUAUUGUUUGGAUGUUAUCAUCCGUUUAUGUUUUUUCUUUUGCUGUGGGUUCUUUAGCAUCAUUCUUAGAUAGAUUAGAUUAAAAUAAUUAAAUCUACUUAAAUCGUUUAGCUACACUCAAAAAUAUUAAAUAAGAAUUUAAAAUAUCUAAAAAAAUGUUUUUGAAAGUCAAAAGAGAACUUAAACAUGGAAAAAGAGAUUUUUCAUAAUAAUAUCAUAUAUUAUUAGAAGAAUUACCUCUAAUAUUGAAAACUGAAUUAAGUUACAUUAUGAAUAAACAUCUCAAAGAAGAGAUUGGAUACUUUCAUGAUAAAUCUCAAUAAUUUAUAUCAGCAAUAGGCCCAUUACUUAAACCUAUUAAAUUAGAAGCAAAUGAAUUUGUUUAUUGUACUGGAGAUUUAGCAGAAGAAAUCUAUUUUGUUAAAAGUGGAAAAUUAGCUAUUGUCUUACCAGAUUAAUAGAAUUUUAAAUUCAUGAUGAUUAAACCAGGAUCGUAUUUUGGUGAGUUGGAUAUCUUAUUUUAUGGAGAAAAAAGAAAAUAUACUAUAAUGACUACUAAACCCAGUGAAUUUUAUCUACUUUCAAGAAAAGAUUUUAAAUCUAUUUAUUUGCAUUAAUUUAGAGAUGAAGGCUAAAUUCUAGUGAAUGAAGCUUUAUAAAGAAAAGUAAUGAUAAAAAGUGCUUAUGAUGAUGCUCUCUGUUUUUUAGGAGAGGAUAAAAAUUAAUAACAUCCUCGUGUGACCUCUCAUAAAGCAAGUAAAUUUAAAGUUGUUGAUAAUGCAACUAGUCCAUAGGUUGAUCCAAAAUUAGUAAUUUAAUAAAAGACUGAAGAUUAUAGUAAUAAUGAUGAUGGUUUAAUUAAUUUUGAUAAAAUAUAAUUUAAAAAAAAAAUUAGUGCACUAGAAAAAUAAAUAAAAAUAAAGGAUCAAAUUAUAGCUAAUAUCUAAUAAGAAUUAGAUGAAUUAAUGAAUUAAAUCUAGCAUUAAAUAAGUGAUGAUAUCAUAGGUCGAUUUAAAAUUACUAAAAGUAUGGAGGAAAUGAUGUAGCUUAGAAGAUAAUUAAAAGCAACUAAUAAGAUGGAAGAAACAAUCAAAUCAUAAAGACAGAUAUAUCGUUCUGUACAUUAGACUAAAUAAUUCUAAAUAGAUUGUCGUAAAUAUUCAAGUUCUGUUGAAUAAGCAAAGUUACUUAAUAGUCUAUGGGAAGAAUGA